AUGAAUCAUACUAUAGACUAUUAUAAUAAGUAGUAAUAGAAGUUAUAUGAAUACAUGGUUAAUUUAACAUAAAAUGUGACAGGAGUUGAAAAGAUUGUAAAUCUAAUUAAUAAUAAAAGUUUACAGAUUUAGUAAGAUGUUUGCAUGCUUUUAGUUAGGAAAUAAAGAUUGUAGGAGAGAAACUUCAUACUUAAAUAAGUAGUGGAGAUGAGCCUGAUAUUUUAGUUUAUUUAUAUUAAUAAGUGAGCAAUUACUUAUUAAGAUUGUCAUAAAAUUGGGAAAAUACAUCUUAAAAGAUAAAGAGUGAAAUAACUGAACCAUAUACUUAAUUUGUGUUAAAUUUUAGAUAAACAAAUAGAAAUUUGAAUACUGAAUCAAAAAAGUAAGUGAAUGAAAUUUGGGAAACCAGAAAAGAGAUGUGUAAAACUUAAGAUGAAUAUUGGAAAAUAAUGAAAUAAUUUGAAUAAAAAAGUUAAUAAACAUAAGAGAUGGUAGAUUUAAUAGAAAAAGGGAGUGCUACAAGAGAAGAUUUUCAGAAAUAAUUUACAAAUUCUUUGAAAUUAUAAGAAUUAGCAGAUGAAUCAGAAAAAGAUUAUAAAAAUUUAUUAACAAUAACAAAUGAAAAAUGGAAAUAAUUUCAAGAAGAAUGGGAUAAUAUAUUUACAAAUAUUGGAUUGAAUGAAUAGAGUAGGUAUUUAAAAAUAAAUUUAUAUAAUAUAGAAUAAUAUUUACAAAAUAGACUGUUAGUUCAUUAUUAAAAUUAUUAUAAUUUGAUUAAGAUACAAAUUAAUUAGAAGAGAAGAUUACAGAUUUAGAAGUUAAAUUGAAAGAAGAUCCAAAAAUACCUAUUCGUAAAUUAAUAGAAAAAAAAAUGGAAAUUAAAGAUAGUAAACAUUAAAUAAUAUUAAUAGCAUUUAAAUUCUAAUUUGAAGAAUUCAUAAGUUAUGAAUAAUGGAAAAAGAUUAAUAUAAAUUAAGAAAAUAGUAAUCCAAUCUAAUAAAUCCAUCAUUAAUGGCAAAUAGUAGGAGAUAGAAUUUUAGAGGAUGAAAAAAAGAUUGUUGAUAAAUAUCUUACAACAUUGUUUAUAUUUGAUACAUCUGAUAAAAGUGAAUUACUUAUUAAAAUUAAAUAAAUACUUUAAAAAUAAGCAGGCAGAAAUUAUUUUAUUAAUUAAUUAAAUUAAUUUCAUUCAAAAUCAAUUGAAGAAAAAUAAACCUGUAUAUAUAAUAAUAUAUAUCUUAGCAUUUUAUUUGACAUUGUCUAAUGAGCAAUUUAAUGAGUUAGUUUAAUUAAUAAGAUUUUGGUUAAAUUACAUUGAAUUGAAUGAACUCUAUGAAUCUGAAGAUAUCUAUGAUUUAUUGCUUAAAUCUAUAAGGAUAGUACGUAUAGAUGGAAGAGAUCGAAUUAAUCUUGCAUCACAAUUAUCAGAUAUAACACUAUGGAGGAAGAUAGAAAAAUGGAUUGAAUUAUUUUAGUAUAUAAAUGCAAGGAAAAUUGAUGAAAAACGAAAAUAAAUUGAAUUGUUAAACUAAUAAAAUUAAAAUAAUAUAGUAUAGAAAGGAUUCAAAAUUAUAGGGUCUAUUUUUAAGAAUUUAUAGACUAAUUAAUAAUCUCAACUUGAACUUAAUGAGAGUGAAAUAUCUUAUAUGAUAAUGGAAGAAAUCAAUCUAUUUUUGACAUCAUUAAAAUUAUAAUCAGAUUUAUCAACUGAAAUUAUAAUAUAAAUAGCAUUUUAAUAACCAAAUUUUGAUAAAGAACAUGUAAAGAAAUUAUUGGAAAAAUAAGAAGAUUUACAUAAUAGUCAAUGGAAAAAAAUGUUUAGAUUAGGAAAAAAUGUAUUGAUUCAUAAAUCUGAAAAGUAUGAUCGUAAGAAAAUGGAUGAAUAUGAAAAUAAAGUUAUUCAAGUUUUUGGUGCAAGUAUGAAGUAAUUUAUUUAUAUAUGUUAUUAGAUUUUUAACACUUGAAGAUAAACCAUGGUAACUUUUAUUGAUAAAUAGUCAAUUUAGUUUACAUUUAAGACAUAAGAUAAAAAAGUUUUAUUUGGCUAAUGGAUAGAUCUUUUCAAGUGAAGCAACUCAUUAAUUAAGAUUAAAAUUAAUUAGUUAAGUUUUAAAAUUAAGAUCAAUGAAAAUUGAUUAUGUAGAAAUGAAAACUAAAGUUGGAUUAGAAAUGGAUAUUAAUUAAAUACACGAAGAAACUAUAAAGUUAGAUGUUUAAAGAAGUUUACAUCUUCAUAAAGAAAAAAUCAAUUCUUCUGUACUAUAAAGUUUAUUAAGAAUAUAUGCAUUCUAUAAUUAAGAUGUUGGAUAUUGUUAAGGCAUGAAUUAUAUAGCAGGAUAUCUAUAUUUAAAUUUUUAAGAUUAAGUAAUUGCAUAUAAAGCUUUUGAUAAGAUGAUGAAUCUAUAUUUUAAAGAUCUAUAUAUAAAUGAUUUUUCAAAACUUGUAUUAUUUUUAUAUUUGAUAUUUAGAAAAUUGGAUUUUAUUAAUUUGAUAGAUUACUUUAAAUCUUUUUACCUGAAUUAUCAUAACAUUUAAAAGAUUAAAAAAUAGAUCCAUCAUAUUAUGUUGCUUCUUGGUUCAUAACAUUAUAUUCUAAUGUUUUUUAAUAUAGUCAAAGAUCAGCACUUUUAAAUAUUAUAUGGGAUAUCUUUUUAGCAGAAGAAUGGAAAGGUAUUUAUUUUUUAAUAUUGAAUCAAGGGUUUUUUAAGGUUACCUUCUAUCUUCUUUGGUUAUUAUAGUCAUAAAUAUUAGAUUUAGAAUUUGAUGACAUUCUUCAUUAUCUUGGACAACUUAUAAGAAGUGAAUUUUUCACAAUUGAUAAUGAAAAAGAGUUAAUAAAGUUCAUUUAACAUUAUGAUAAAACUGUUAAAGAGAAUGAAUCAAUAAAAACAAAUAUUUUAUAGAAAUUUAGAAUUACUAAUAGGAUGUUAAGAAGCUUAGAUUUGGAAUAUCAUAAUUUUUAAACAAAAUUGAAUAAAAAAUUGAGUUUAUGUUUGAAAAAAUGA